GAUCCCAUUUACAUCACAGUUGACGCAUGCGCAUAAUUAAAGCAGCCAUUUUCUAUUUUGACAGCCAUAGUCCUAGAACGGGUUCAAGAACGAAGAUGUGGAAAUUAAGUUUAAUUCUGUGUCUUGUGUAUAUUUCAUCCGUCUUUGGGCAAGGAAGUAUAGAUCUAAAAAUUAUUCCUGAAAAGACAUAUAAGUUGAUACUUGAGGGAGCUGAGUUAAAACUGGAUUGUGUUGUAGAAUUCACAGGAAAACCUAAUGUAAAAGCUGAAUUUUAUAAAGAUGACAACUUGCUUCCAGAAGGCACACAUAAUGGAUAUCAUGUAAGUGUAAGUGAGAGUGUUAUAGUAGAUCUGGACUUAUAUAGGAGCACAACAACAUUGAUCAAAAAUGUAACUGAUGCCAAUGACAAGGGUAAAUAUGAAUGCCGUGCUCAGAGAGGUACAGACAACGGAAUGGAUUCAAUUGAAGUUAUGACAUUUACUGCUAGUGGAGGUGAUGGGGAGCUACCAGGGAAAGAUGGUGACACUGUUGAAUUACCAUGUGAUAUAAACAUCAAAGCUGUCACAAUUGAUGUUGACUAUACAAUCUCCUGGGAACGAGAUGGGACAAGCCUUGUAGAUGGUGAUAAAUAUAAAAUAAGCAACAACACACUGCAAAUCUUCAAACCAACACGAGCAGAUUUAGGAGCUUACCAAUGUGUAGUAGUUAUAUUCCCUACCUCCGAGGUGGAGAAACAGACUGUUCGUACCAAACCGUCUUACCUUAAAGCAAGUCCAAAAAUAGAGUCCCAUGACAACAAUAAGAAUAUGGUUCAAGGUGAUAAUCUUGAACUGAAAUGUAAAGUAUCUGGCUACCCUACACCCACUGUGUCUUGGUUCAAAGAUGAAAAAGAGAUUGAAACGACCACGAGGAUUCACACACUGGAGUAUGAGGGGGCAAUGGGCAAGUUGAUGAUUUAUUCUCUCGAAGAUGAAGAUGAGGGGAUCUAUAAAUGUCUGGCUGAAAAUGAAGUGGCACCUUACAAUGCUACAGCUGAGAUGAGAGUUAGAGUAAAAGACAAGCUUGCUGCUCUUUGGCCAUUCCUUGGUAUUGUUGCAGAAGUUAUAGUUCUGUGUGUUAUUAUCCUCGUCUAUGAGAAGAGAAGAAGCAAGAAACUUGAAGAGGAAGAUGCUGCCGAUGGCAACCAGGAGAACCCAGUUGAUCACAAAGAUGUCCGUCACAGAAGAACUUAAGUUAGCAAAGUUCACCAGACAUAGGGUGAUAUUGAUAGGAAAGAUGAUAAUAAAAACAAAGAAAAUCCAAAAAUGUUAACAUGAAUUUUAAAUUGUGUCACUUACUGUGAUUCAUUUCAGAUCUCAAAAAAUCAUUCAGUAAUUUACUGAUAAAAAAAAGUUCUUUUUUGUUUUUUAACAAAGAUGUGUAUAUUAAGUACAGUAAAAUAUAGCUUCUAUUUUCUCUCUCUUUAACAAUAUAUAAAUCCUUGUUCAAAAACAAUAACAUUUUACUUAAUAUGAAAUGAUGCUAUACAAUGUAUAGAAAACUUAAUGUUGAUUUUAUUGUAACAUGAUGACAACUGUAAAUUAUAAGUCUGUGUUUAAAAUAUCACAAAUCCUUUAAGAUGAACUUAGUUAUUGGUAAAUUAUGUUUAUGUUUUAUUCCUUUUUUACAUAAUUUCAAGCUGUUGCUUAACAUGUACAUGAAAAAGGAUGAUAGGAUGAUGGAAGUGCUGUGUAGAUGAUACUAUGAUAGAUUGAAAUGCAGAUUUUAGAGAUAUACAGUACUUAAAUGUUUAAACAUUUAUCAUAGAGGUUGAUUGUGAAGAUGUGUUAAUAUAAGCAUCAUAUGAUAGAGUGAAAUUACAUGUUUGACAUUAACAUCGUACUUAUUAUGUUGUAUCUAUGUAUACAAAUGCAUUUUGUAGAGUAAAGCUUUUUUCUCUUGAAAACUUCCAAGUUGUGUAUUGAAAAUAUUCAGAAUUUUAUUACGAUAUUUGGUAAGAAAUAAUAGGUUAAUAUCAUUAAUUUACUGACAGUUAAAUCUUAUCCUUUUCUUCCCAUAGAAUUGAACAAAUAUUCCUGAUCAUGAUUUUGGGAAGUUGAAAUAACGUAUCAUUGAAAUGUUGGAAAUAGUUGGCUUGUUCACUGCAAGUCAGAUUAUACUCGGCUGCAUUUAAGAAUAGUGUGUUGUAUUACCUACAAGAAAGAUAUGAAAAUGGAGAAAUUCAAAUGUACAUUAUUUUUUGAGGAAGGAAUCAAAACAGAUUUGGAUGUCCUAGAUGAAAUAUUGAUACACUACAAGCAUGAAUCAGUUGUUCAUAUACCAAUAUUGUACAUAUUGAAUUAAUUAUAUAACAUUCAAUGCCUAAUUGUUUUACUGAUAGAAUGGAAUAUGAUUGUUCAUGUUGAUGAUAAACUUUGUUCUGUAAAAUUUUUAGGUGUCUAUUUAUAUAUACCAGAAUGUAAUUUGCACCCUGUUUUUAAUUUUAUCAUUUUUUUUUUACAUUCCUGUUGCAAAUUUCAUUUAUGAAAGUGAGACAUUUGGGUUUUAAAAUAAGUUGUUAUUUUGCUUAAUUUACAAUAAUAUACUAUUUGAAAAAAUAUAAAAAAAAACACUUCACUGAGCAAAGAAUUUUAUUGAGAGUAAAAUUUCACAUUUUUUUUUGUUUUUUAUUAAAUUCAUGUGGAUCAUUUUCAUACAAGUGAUCUGUUGAUAUUUUGUUCAAGAAAUAUUCCAGCAUUGAAGGUCAUUUAGGCCUCUUGCAUUACAUCUUGUAUAAUAGUGCAAAAUUGGUAUGUCAGAAUUGCUUUCUAUAUAUUAUUGUAGCUUUGAUAUGGGGUUCUCUUACAAACACUCAUUAUCUGAACAGAAAACUGAGUGAUAAUAAAAAAGGACAAGUCGUGAAAACCUUCAGAAUGGAAUCACAUGUUAUUUUGUCAUUGGUCAAACUUUUGAUGUAAACAGAGAUAUAUAAGCAGACUUUAAAUUUUCAGUGUCAUUAAUUUGUACCUUUGAGUUCUGUCAUAUAAAGUGUAAACAUUUACUGGGAAAAGUUAAAAAACACACUAAUUUGUCUAUUUUAAGGCAGUGUAUUGUUAUGAUGUAGUUAGUAGGUUGAUAAAACAUAGAAUAAAAAAUUCUUAGUAAUUUAAUGUUAUCAAUAUAGCGUGUACACUGUAUAAUGUUGUGCUUUACUAAUAUUAGGUAAUUUUCUACUGUAGUGUGUGAUUCUUACUCUUGUUUUUUUUAUUUGUAAAAAAAAUAUAUCAAAAUUUCUUUGGGUGUGGUUUGAAUUGCUCUAUUAACAAUGUUUUAAGGUUUGUUCAUUUUGUCUGUGAAAAGCCAUGCUUGUUUGCUGUAUAACAUUUUCUUGGUGCAAUAAUUUGCUAUUUCUAUGAAAAAGAAUUUUGGUGUACCUGAAACUUUUUUGUAUAUUAAAUUCUUUGGCAUCAUAAGUUUUACUUUAUCCCAUUUAGCAAACCUUUGUUUUGAAAUAGAGAUUCAUUAGAAGCCAAGGUGUGAUGGAAAAAAAAUGUUUUGAUGGCUUAUAUUUUGAUACAAAAAAAAAAAAAAAAAAAAAUCAUGCAUUGAAAUCUUGAAUUAUGGCAAAAAGAUAAAAGUAACAUUAUAAUCAAAUCUUAUUAUUUUAAACUGUAUAAAGACAGGAGUGUUAGUUUUCAAGGCUUGUUUAUAUGUUAAUUUUUACACACAUCAUUGUAUCAUGCAUUUCUAUAGAAACAUAUGUUUUAAAUAAAUUAAUCCCAUUUU